CUGAGGACGAGCGAGACGACGUACCUGGAGGAGUCGUUUGUGUUCUACGAGGCCAUCCGCCUCCGCGACUACUUCAAGGACGUGUUCGAGACCAAAAAUCCGCUGCUGGUGGUGAAGAAGCUGCGGUACUACGCGCGGUACAUAGUGGUGUGCCUGCUCCUCAACCGGCGAGCGCUCGUGGUGGAGCUCGUCGACGAACUGCAGACCCUCGUCGACGACUACGUGCGCGACUUCAAACCCGCCGACGCCGCCGCCUGGCGCCUCGACUAUGAAGACGUGCGCGCCACCUGGAAGCGUCUCGCGCUGGCACGGGCGAAGAAGGACGGCAAGGAGGCCGCACAGUGCUUUGCACAGGACUGCUCGAUCGAGGAUUGCUCCACAGGGCACGGGUGGCGGGGUCGUGGCGGCGUGGAGGACUACUACGCGGACCUGUUCAAAGCCUUUCCCGACGCCAACUUCGAGACGCUGGACCUCUUCGGCGUGGUGCAGGAGGUGCUGCUCACCGCCACACACAAAGGUCAAUGGCAGAGCUACAGGGCAUCGGGGCGCACGUUUCACUGUCGGUUGGUGAUCCUCAUGCCGUGGGACGCGCAGAGUAGGCUCUUCGCCGGCGAGAAGAUCUACCUCGACUCCGACGACGUCUUCCAACAGCAGCACGGCUCCUGA